GGGAACAAUACACAUUCCUUAUAAACUUAUAUACUGUCUGGCCGGGUAGUUUAUAUAACACCCAACUUCUAGAAUGGUAAAUACUGUAAUAUGAAUUACGGACUUAUACAGUUCUACCGAGAAAGGAUUUUUAAACAGAAAACAUCAUUUAUUAUGCUGUGAUAUAAUCUGCUUUGAUGGAUGUGUAUAUUAAAGUGAUGUUGUUCGUUGUCUGUGGACGGCCUUACAUUGUAAACAUGGUGAGUGAUUAUACGUGACUCCAAAUGUUCUGUGGUUCCUAUAAUUACCCCAACGGGCAACAACCACUAAACGUCAACCACAGGAUUAAGAAAAAAACAACAGAUUUAAGUGGACACUGGAAACUCAGAUCUGUUUUCCUAAUAUGAAAACAAGUUUGUCUUUGUGAUUGUUUUGUCAGUAUGCAACAAACUGCUCUUCUGUGAAAUCAACUUUAUAUAGUAAAAAACAAACUUAAACGGUUUUGGAUCAUUUUAACAAAAUGGCUACAUCCCUAUACAAAGCUCAGAUUCCUUUUCGUAUCAAGGGUCAAACAAAAUGUACAUACCACAAGAGGAGACAACUAGACCUUUACUGUGAAGAAUGUCAAGUUCCUGUCUGCAUCAAGUGUGUAUCUACUGUACAUAAGAGUCACCCUUUGUGUGACCUUAGUGAAACUACUCCUCAAAUUAAACAGGAUGUUCAAAACUUUAUAGACAAAACUGAGAAUGUUGACCUUUCGCAAAUAGACCAGUACAUCACAUUUACUGAACAACAUUUAAAGGACAACGCCAGGAACUUUGAUAAACUUGCGCACCAGUUAAAGACACAGACCAACAAACUCAAAGAAAAUCUGGACCUGCUUAUAGCACAGACUCUGUCUGUCUAUCAUCAAAUGCAGGAAGAUAAUACCAAGCUUCUUCAAACCUACAAACAGGACCUUGAAAUAUUCAGCACAAAGCUAAAACAACAAUUACAGGAAUGUAAGAUAGCACUUCAGCGCGGCUCUGACAUACAAAUCUACGACGCAGGAUCUGAGAUUCAAUCUUCAGUUAAACUCCCUAUAAAACCUACCCUGGGUACUGCUAGCUUUACUCCAAACCUUAACCCUCAGAGUCAUCUGGAACAAGCUUUGGGAAGAAUUAGCACAUCAGGUCAUUUUCAGGGUCAGGAUUUACUAGGUCAUGAUCGGUCAAUUGGAUCAUCUGCUGGACAACGACCAUCCCCUACACAACAGAGAUCAGAAUCGAAAGGACGGUCACAAAUAUCAAAAGGAAGACAGAAAGUAUUCAGUCCUGUAUAUGCCCUGUUGUCUGAGACCAAGAUGUUGGUGGAGUGGAAGCCUCAGUGUGUCAUUUCUUCUGUAUGUCCAAGCAGAGAUGGUCAGGCGUGGACCAGUGACUGUAACAGUAACACCUUGACUCUCCUGAACAGGAAGGGCAAAGUAAUGCGGAAGGUUACACAUGAUUAUUCGAUCAGAGACAUAAGUCUGUCGCCUACAACCAACACACUGUGGGCCUGUGACGAAGACAACAACAUCACUGAGCUCGUGUCUGGACAACUACUACAGAGAUUCAGAACCAGUGAGAAACCACGGUGUAUCUGUAUUACAGCUAGUAACAAUGUCAUUGUGGGGAUGGCCAAACAAAUCUCAAAAUUUACCGCAAAAGGUAAACUGGUACUUUCUACAUUGGCUGUAAGGACUUGGGAACCAAUAGUGUGUUCACCACGCAGAAUAUCAGAGUGUCCUGUUACUCACAAUAUCGCAGUGGUCGACUUGCAAUAUACAGAUGAUGAUGGUUAUGGGAAUCCAAACGUUGUUGUCAUGGACACAGAUUUCAAGAAACGUUUUGUAUUUGAUGGUGAAGUCCCACAUACAUAUCAACAAACAUCACAGUCAGGAUGUGAACCAUUUGGCCCCUGGAGUGUGGUGUAUGACACUGUGGGUAACCUAGUCAUAGGGGACCGUGGUAACAACCGUAUCCUACUCAUCAGUGGGACUGGUGAGUUCCUCAGGAUCAUACACACAGAUGACUACUGGCCAUUGAUUGUUGGUGUAGACAGGGAGGAUGUCCUGUGGGCAGUUGUUGAUGAUUACUUUGUCAAACUACUUCAAUACCGAAGUGUGUGACAUCUGGACAAACUGCAAUGUGCAUAUAUAGUAACCAUGACAACUAACACUGCUGUGCAACCCGUCGUUAGACCGCAGCUAUUUGGUGACUGAUACAUGGUGAUUAUGGAGUAACAAUGAAAGUUAUGUGACUUUAUUAAAAUGCAAUAUCUAAAGCGUCAGCAAUAGUUAGCAAAUCAGUAACAAUUGAGCAAACACUAAGCACAAUUUUGAUGGGUACAUAAUAGGAAUUCUUUGAACUUUCUGAUGUAAGUAUCCUUCACUUGAUGAGUAUUCAACCAAGAUUUCUAGGUGAGCAAUACUUGUCCAUUUGUCCUUUUUGUUUUCACAGAAAUUAAAUUUUACUUCAACAUUUUCUCUCUUUUCUGAAUGUUUUGCUUCAGACAUUCUUAUCUCCCUUGAAUAAAUGCAGAGAAUAUAUAGUCUAAUAUAUUAACAAAUUAGAUUUUAAUUUUCAAUAUUUUUCAUGACAAUCCUUGAAUAAUUUACAAUCAAAGUGUGGUGUUUUUAAUAGAAAAACUGAAUUAAAUACCUGUAUGGUUGAUAUUUCCUUAUCAUGCACAUUUUCAAUGUUAUGUGUGAGUGGUGGUCAUAAAAACAUUUUGA